CUCCAGUGAGAACCUCUCAAACCCGGGAAAUCCCUAGACCUCUCUCUCCGAUCGCCGGAGCCUGUGAAUGGAUCCUCGCCGGUUGAUCGGUCAUCCCAUCGGCGGCGAUCCUCCUCCGCCUCCGCCUCCGCCGACACAGCAGCAAGGCCCCUACUGGUACCCUCCUUCCUCAUCUUCUGUGGCUCCAGUUUGGGAGAGGCCUCCUCUCCCUCCUGCCACCCAUCACCUCCCUCCUCCUCAGCGCUGGGUUCCUCCUGAAGCUCAUCACGAUCCUCACCUCCUUCAUCGCCAGCCGCCGAUGGCAGCGCACCCUCCGCUUCCGCCCCAUCCCUCUGUAAGUUAUCACAGUCAAUCCCCUUUCCAGCACCCGUAUCCACUUUCCAUGCCGCCUCCUCCCCCUUAUCCAUCCCAUCGCCCCGCUCCUCCUCAUCCUCAUGCGUCGGUGUAUCCUCCGCCCAAUCAGGCAUGGGGCAACACUCCUUGGUCUCAGCAACAACCAUGGGAACACCAAGAAAGAAACAAUUUAUACCCAAAUGAGGAAGAUUGGGCUGCCAGGGCCAGGGCAUGGGCCGCUGCUAAAUCUGUUCCAGACAACCACCAUUCACAAUCACAAUUUACACCAGUUGGGAGAGUGGAAGAAUCAAUCUAUACUUUUCAUGAUCAGUAUCAGCAAGCAGUGGCCCCCCCACCAACUGUUAUUCAGCAGCCAUCACUUGCUAAUUCAAAUCAUCGAAUAUCCCAUGAUGCUGGAUAUGAAGUUAAGGCCACCAAUACAGAUCAUAUGGUUUCUCCGCAAAGGAGCUUUUCAACUCCAUCAGUCUAUGAGCAGGAGGUAUCUUAUAGUUAUUCUUCUGCUCCAGGUCACAGAGAAGCUUUGGACCAAAAUGGUAGUUCACAGAUGCCUGACUUACCAGUUCAAGAAGGAUUGCAUCCUCAUUCUAUGUCAUCAGCUGGAAAUCUUUCUGUGAAGCAUCCUCAUUUCAAUCAUGGAGGGCAGCAGACGAAGUUUUCAACUGACACGAGUCUUAAGCAUCUGGAUUUUGAAACAAGGUUCACUUCUGACCACGAUUCACAACUAAGGAGUGGCUAUGGGCAAAUCAAUCCUGCAAAUCCAGCUGGUGUAAUGGAUUGUGAUGUGCAUACUACCUCAAUUCAAACAUGGAAUUCAGUGCCUCCAGAGGCCACUUCUUUACAAGUUCCUUUAGUACCAUCUGAAACACAGUUUGAUCCUUCUUUCACAUUCCAAUCUCCCUUACCUGUACAAUCUGUACCAGUUUUUGAGGGAAUCCCUGGAUCCAGCUUUCGUCCUAGUACUCCACCUAUUACCUUACCUUUUGAUUUUGUGAAUGGAACAUUUCAUCAUGGAGCAGCAUCUUCUGGAGAUGCAACUGGGUCUUUGAGUCUCCCUGAAAGACCAAAAAAGGCUGCUGUACCAAAUUGGCUUAGGGAGGAAAUAAUAAAAAACAAAUCUGUUAUUGCAAGUACUGCACCAACAAACCUGAAUGGUUCAUUUCAGGCCAGUGAACCUGAGGAUGGUGACAAAUCCUUUGGAGGAGGGGAGCCUGAUAACAAGAGUAUUGAUUCAAAUAGGUCAACUGAAGAUGAUGAAGAUGGCGAGGAUGAUGUGGAAGCUGCAAAAUCGGCAGCAAUCAAUCAAGAGAUAAAGCGAGUUUUAACUGAAGUUCUCUUGAAGGUAACUGAUGAACUUUUCAAUGAAAUUGCUACUAAAGUUCUUAAUGAAGAUGAUCUAACGGUUGAAGUUGAUGAAGGCACUGCUGUUGAAAACCAGAAGGCCUCUCCACAAUCAGUAGUUCUGGUUUCCCCAUCAACUGCCAAGGUUCUGGUCCCUGUUAAACAGAAUGGUAACAAAGUUGAACAUAGUGAUAAUUCUAGUGCAGAUUCUCUGGGGGGAAAUAUAUUAGGCCUGGCUAAUUAUGAUUCAGACAAUGAUGAUGAAAACGAAAACUCUGGCAUGCUAUCAACGGAUUUGCGCACAAAAGAUGUGAGUUUGGAAAAUGAAAAUGGACCAACGGACAUUUUGUGUCCUACAGCAGAUCAUCAUUAUGCUGCCAGCGGUGAAAAAACUGAGAAGCUAAAUGGUCCAAAUAUUAAUGAGGAAAAGGCACUACCGUUUGCUGGUACUUCAAAUUAUCAUGAGAAGCUUCCAAAAGAAGGUUCUAAAAUUCAUGAAGAGCCCAUUUCUGUUGAUAGAGGGACACCUGAUGAAUUUCCUUCUGGAAAGAGGCAUGGUCUUUUGGCAGAUGAAAAUACAAUGUGCAGUUCUUCAAGUGGGAAUGCUGAUAUUGCUAAUUCGGGUGAAUUUCAUGGGAAAGGAUCUAAAAAUAUUUCAAGCACCAAAAGCCACCCAGAUAAAAGGGUUGAUGCCAGAAGUUCUGUCAAGGAGACAAGGUCUGCCUCAGACAAGACAAAUGAUGAAAAUUCUGAGCCUCCGAGGAUUGGAACUAAUGAAGAUAGGGCCGGACUUAAACCAAAGCUAGAGAAGAGGGACUGCUUGAAGGGGAAAGAUAUGGAGAAAGAUCAGGAGAGAAAUGUUAAGCAAAGAUCACACAAGAGGGAGCAUGAUUCUAAAGGGAGUUCAAAGAAUGAUAACAUGAAAGAUGGAAGGAGCCAAAAAGAAAGAAGAGGAAAAGACAAGGAAGAUGAUGGAAGGAAGAGGGAACAUACAAUAGAUCAGAGGGAGGACCGUUCUUCACAUAUUACGAAAGAUUCACGUAGGCAUAAGAGUCGGAACUCUUCAUCACCCAGCAAUAGAGGUAAAAACAAGAAGAAUAAUUAUUCACAUGAGCAUGGCUAUAUUUCAAGCGAUGAACCUUACGAUAAUUCAAAACGAAGAAAGCUGCAAUCACACAAGCGUAGCUCAUCUCCAGCACCCACAAGAUCUAGAAGCAGACAAGCUUCGCGUUCUCCACAUAGCAAGCAUUCUCAUCGCAGGCAAUCCCCCUAUUCUUCUGUGGAGAGGAGGAGGAGGUCGAGGUCCCGCUCACCGGAUCAUCAAAGAUCUUCCCAUAAACGCAGAACAUAGGUAGAGAAGGUUGUGGGUGUUUUCAAGAGGAUAAUUGCUAGCUUUUCAAAUGGUUACAGGGAUGCUAAUUCAAAAGAGGGUUUGGUGUAAAAGCUCUGAAAGAGAACCACGUAUAAUUUUGAUAUCCCAAAAAUUUUUAUAUUCCAACUUGAUCCUUUUUUUCUGUGGCUCAGUUUCCCUCUCUGCACUUACAAAUCACUGGUGUUCCUGUUGUUGCUAUGAAACUUGACUGGAGAGUAUGUAAUUAAAUCAUAUGUUAUUAGGUUUAUCAUCAUUCAAGUUUGAUCAA